UAUGAAACGACAAUAAAAAAGCUAAAACAGACAAUCAGACAAACGGCUCUGUAACUAAAACUAGUUCUUCUUCUCUUGGUUUUGUCCGAUUUGAUCAAGAACAUGAGUUGGUGGUGGGCUGGUGCCAUCGGAGCUGCCAAGAAAAAAAUAGACGACAACUAUGAGCCGACGCAAAGCUACCAAAGCGUCGCACUCAUCAUCGGCGUCACCGGAAUCAUCGGAAACAGCCUCGCCGAGAUUCUCCCUCUCUCCGACACUCCCGGCGGUCCAUGGAAAGUCUACGGCGUCGCUCCCAGUCCUCGUCCCACCUGGAAACCCGAUCAUCCCGUUGGUUACAUCCAGUGCGACGUCUCCAACGCCGAGGAAGCUAGAUCAAAGCUUUCUCCUUUAACAGACGUCACGCACGUCUUCUACGUCACGUGCACAGACCUUGAGAGCGAGGCUAACGGCUCCACGCUACGUAACGUCCUCCGCGCGGUUGUCCCCAGCGCAAAGAAUCUCCGACACGUUUGUCUCCAGACAGGGACCAAGCACUACUACAUCGACAAGUCUCUUGAUUCUCCUUUCACGGAGGAUAUGCCGAGGUUGAAGAUCAAGAACAACUUCUAUUACAGUCUGGAGGAUGUUCUGUUUGAAGAGGUCAAGAAGAAGAAAGAGAGUAGUACCGUGACUUGGUCCGUACAUAGACCGAACACUAUCUUUGGAUUCUCUCCUUACAGUUUGACGAACGUUGUAGGGACUCUCUGCGUCUACGCAGCCAUCUGCAAGCAAGAAGGGUCUCCGUUGCUUUUCCCUGGGAGCAAGGAGGCGUGGGAAGGAUUCGCGGCGGCCUCGGACGCUGACUUGGUCGCUGAGCAGCAGAUUUGGGCUGCGGUUGAUCCGUACGCCAAGAACGAGGCGUUUAACUGCAACAACGGUGAUGUUUUCAAGUGGAAACAUCUCUGGAAGGUUCUUGCCGAGAAGUUUGGGAUCGAGGAGUUUGGAUUUGAGGAAGGGAAGAAUGUUGGGUUGGUGAAGAUGAUGAAAGGGAAAGAGAGAGUGUGGGAGGAGAUUGUUAAGAAGAAUCAGUUGAAAGAGAGGAAGCUUGAGGAUGUUGGUGUGUGGUGGUUUGCUGAUGAUGUGCUAGGUGUUGAAGGGAUGAUUGAUAGUAUGAACAAGAGUAAAGAACAUGGCUUCCUUGGUUUCAGGAACUCCAAGAACUCUUUCAUCUCGUGGAUUGAUAAGUACAAGGCUUUCAAGAUCGUGCCUUGAUUCAUCUUCUAUACAUUGUCACAACAAAAGUGGAUGUUGUGUAGAAGUAUAUUGGACAAUGUUGGAAGAGCAUUAAGGAGGCUAAAUGGAAACACCAGACUCUUUGUUUUGUUACUAAGAGUGUAUUGUAUUGCUCGCUAUGGUUCUACAAGUGGUGUUUCUGGUCGUACUUGUGAAACCAAUGACGGCUCAAGACGCUCAUAACAAAGGUGAGAUGCUUAAAGAGAGUACAUACACAACGCUGGCUGUGAGAAGGUUUCACUUGGAGUUAUCUUAAAUCUCUCAUUAGAAAAUUUGAUUAUUUAUGGUUUGACUGCAGUCAGCUUUAGCUUAAUGUUACGUAUAGAAUCAAAACCAAAGGAAAACUAAAUAUAAGUCUCCUUGCUUCAUGGGUCUGCUUAGCAUUAUCUUCACACCAUAAAUCAGCCAAUUCACACAAACAGGAAUACAUAUUUAUAGUGUUUUUGUUUGCUGCAACUCCUAAGUAUUAUUUAGAACACUAGCCAAACCAAGUUGCAUCAAAUGGUCUAAUUACAGCAUUUAUGAUUAUCUUUGUGAA